AUGUCAUCACAAGACAAUCAAAACGAAUUCUCAUAUGGCGACAGCGAGUCGACCAACAUACAUGAUACCACAGGAUCACCGGAAGAGAAUGUAGAUUCUUACCCAAAUAAGUCAAAACAUAAUCAUGGCUGGCGCCAUCUCGUGCGGAAUUUCACACCGGCUUGGUUCUCGGUCAAUAUGGGCACCGGGAUUACUUCUAUUCUGCUCCACACUCUACCCUAUAAUGGCAGAUGGCUGUACUGGAUAUCAGUGGUGAUAUUCUGUUUGAAUGUGCUUCUUUUCAUCAUCUUCCUCGCCAUAAGUAUCUUGCGAUAUAUUCUCUACCCAAAGGCCUUCUACCUCAUGGUAACCCAUCCAGCGCAAUCGCUUUUCCUCGGAACUCUCCCUAUGGGAUUUGCCACAAUCAUCAAUAUGGUUUGCUAUGUCUGUGUACCAGCCUGGGGGGACUGGGCUGUUUACUUUGCCUGGGCUCUGUGGAUGGUAGAUGUUAUAAUGUCUGUCAUGACGUGCUUCGGGAUACCAUUUAUUGUAAUGACUCGACCGGCUCAUGUCGAACUACAGACGAUGGGCGCCGCCUGGCUACUUCCCAUUGUGUCUUGUGUCGUUGCGGCGGCGUCGGGGGGUAUCGUGGCUGAUUUACUCCCAAAUCCUCAACAUGCUCUAGGAACUAUCAUCGUGAGCUUUUUUCUAUGGGGCGUUGGAGUGCCCCUGGCAAUGAUGGUUAUUGUCAUUUAUUUGAUGCGUCUUAUGCUGUGCAAACUACCACCAAAAGCAGUGAUUGUUAGCACGUUCCUGCCUCUUGGACCUCUUGGCCAAGGCGGUUAUGGAAUUCAAAAAUUGGGGAUCGUUGCACAAAAGAUCUUCCCGCUUACAGGAACGUUAAGACCUGGAUCAGGCGAUACGUUCUACGACAUCGGCUUCCUGAUGGCUCUCCUCAUGUGGUCAUUUGGCUGUCUAUGGCUGUUCUUUGCAGUGGCAGCCAUUCUUCGAUCGAGGAAAUUUCCAUUCAACCUCGGAUGGUGGGCAUUCACUUUCCCGCUCGGUGUCUUUACAAACUGCACCAACCAGCUAGCCCAAGAAAUGCCCUCCAGGUUCUUCAGAGUCCUAGCAACAAUACUAGCUGUUUGUGUCGUAUUAAUAUGGAUUGUGGUAUCUCUCUUCACACUAAAGGGAGCCUUCAAUCGCAGUCUAUUCGUGGCACCCUGUCUGGCUGACUUCCAGGAGUAUGAGCCUAAGAAGUUUCAGAAAGAGAAGCAUUGA